AUAGGCUUUCUUCCCUAGGAAAGCAGAUGAUGUUCCCCCGGCUGCCUCUGCAAAAGGCCUGUCUGGGGACCAAAGGGAGUCCAAAGACCUGAAGCACACCAUCUUUAUUUUGGAACAGGCAGCAGCAAAAUCUCGAAUCAUGCAGGAUCCACUUGAUCCACUUGUAGGUAAAACUCACUUCGAGGUGGUCCACAGAGCACCCAAGGCCAAGGUGAGUUGGAAGUUCGGGAAGGAAGGCUCAUCUGGUCAACUGAUGGUUGCCAAGAAGCCCCCACUCCCUGCAGCCGGGAACCUCAUCAACUUGCCCUGGCGAGGGCUUGCAAACCCUUCCAAGGCCGACUCCACCAUGCCUGCCUUCAAUGCCAUGUCACCCAUCAAACAAACCAAUGACAUGCAGCGGGACGUCAGCCACCUGGGGCCCGAUCUGCCCCCCAUGCUGCAGAGCUCCACGUACCUGCUGCUCUUGUCCCCAGGGGACCAGUUUGAGAGUGAGCUAAUCCAGCAGCUGCAAUUCCUCAUCCCGGACAACAAUGUGCGGAGGCUUGUUUCCCACGUGAUCAGGACCCUAAAGAUGGACUGCUCUGAGAGCCACGUGCAGCUGCUCUAUGCCAAGCUCAUCUCCCAGACGGGCUUCCUGAUGAAGCUCCUCAGUGAGCAGCAGGAGGUGAAGGUGGCCAAUGCAGAGUGGGACACGGAACAAUGGAGGAACGAGUGGGACAGGGAACAAUGGAGGAACAACUACAUCAAAGAGUACUGAGGCCCAGAGCGAGCAGAAGGGCCAGGAGUCAGACGAGCUCACUAAAGAAGUUCCAGGAUAUGGCUAUCAUAAAAAACCAAUCGUGGCGAUAUCCAUUAGUGUCAUCUUCACAAUUUUUAUUUUAAUCUUGUGUCUCAUUGAGGAGGGCUUCUGGCUGAGGUGGCCACUCUGGCUCAGGGACAUGCACAGACCUUUCAAUACCACGUGCAAGAACGUGGUGCAGAAUCUGCACCACGAGGAUUCCGACGACGAGGAGGAUGAGAUAUUCAGCCAUGAUAUUCUUCCAGGCCCAGCUGGGGACAGCAGAGAAGCCCUGACGGAAAGGGCAGCGCCAGAGGAGUCGGUGGAAGUCGAUGAGAUGGAAUGGCCCCAAGGCUGUGUAGUGACUCCGACUCAAAAAAAUAAAAUACAAAAAAUCUUGUACAA